CUUAUCGGCUGCUUCAAUGAACGCACCGUUAUUCGAUUUAUUGGUGGGCAUGUUGUUGGACACAAAAUCUUUAACAUUAUUUUCAAAAAUUGAGCAUUCAAGAGAAGAGCUUGGUGCGCGUUUACAUCUUCAAGUGUUUUGA